AACCUAUAAAAUCUCAGUUCAACAAGCCAAACAGACUGAGAACGACACAGCAGAGCUAGAGGGAAGUCCCCGAAAACACAAAGGCUUACAUGAUCAUGCGACUUUACAUCCUUUUCUGUGUUCUGUUUUCGGCUGUACUUUUCAGCCCUCUUGCUGAUGCCGGUCAAGUGAAAUUUGGCCCCCUCUGCAGUGGCAACCCAAGUAACAGUAAAAGAGGAUGCGAUAAAAAAUAUGGCUGUGGAAAGUAUGGAGCCAGCCGACCUAAAGUAAAGUGUUUAGACAUGCCAUGCUUGAAUGUACAAUGCACAAUUAGAUUUGACAGCUACUGUGGUGGGGAAGAUUUUCAAGAUAAUGGCAAGCGCAAACACAUGGGUCUUGACAUUGUGUGUGCUGAUGGAGCCACAGUUUAUGCCCCAUUUGAUGUGAAGUUGAAUGGCAAAGCUGCACCUUACAAAAAGGACAAUGCUAUCAAUGAUGGCAUUAGCUUGAGCGGAGAAGGUCUUUGCUUCAAGCUGUUCUACAUUAAGCCGGACCGUUACUCUGGAACUCUAAAGAAAGGGCAAAAGAUUGGAACUUUACUCCCAAUGCAGAAGGUCUAUCCUGGCAUCACUUCUCAUGUUCAUGUUCAAAUGUGUGACAAAUCAGAUCCCACCAAAUACUUCUAAUGCUGAUAAAGCUUUUAACCAUCCGCAAUAAUCAAACAACCCAAAGUUACUCGCAUUCUGGAACGUGCCAUUUAUUUAGUUUUUUUACCUCUUCAUGCUUUAAAGAAUUAAACAUUAAGAAUGACUUCUAAUAAUCUUCUAUCUACAAUUGCACGAGUAGUCAAAUACUUUGCACAGUGCUUUGCAAUCCAACAAUAAAGUUUUGGAGACUUG